UCGGCACGGUAACAUCGAUAGUACGAGCGCACGCGCGAGCGUUCGGCUCACACACAAAAAAAAAACCUCCCCGAACGGCCGAAACGGGUCCCCGGACAGGCCUGGCGGCUCACCAGUGUGUGUCCCCCGCGCACAGUGUUGCGGUGGUGCCGUUUGAGAACGCGUGCAGGGCUGUAGAAAAAAAAAAACUGGAGCAAAGUUUCGGCCGCAUUGUCAGCAUCGUUUGCGCUCCCGUCUAGUCAGCCUGGUGCCCGAUGGUGUGAUGGUUCUGAGCUCCAAAUCCGCGUCCGUGCCCGUUAGAGUGUUACCUUAGAGUGUGUGUGUGUGUGCGUGUGUGUGUGUGUAUGAGGAAGAUAUCCUUAUCGCCCGGGUGUGUAUGUGUGAAACGGGCGCAGCAAAAAUCGGGGCAAACCACGGCACACCACAAAGACGCCGCGCGAAAGCGUGAACCGCUCGGACAGUGCGCGCAGUGCCAGCAAGUGGCCGGUUAUGCAACCGGCUUAACGACCGAGCACGCUACUACAACUGAAAGCGAGAGUGCGAGAUGUGUUACUACCGGUUUACCUGGUGCGUUCUGCUGGUCGCUGGCAUUGCUUCCCGCGCGACCGGUGACAGCAGGUCGUCCAAAUCCACAAUCAGCCACCAUCAAUCAGCGUCUAGCGAUGAGUCAUUCACCCCGCUCUCGCUGUACGGUGGCAGCCUCUUUCCUGCCGACGUUUCCGGCGACGAGCAGGCACCGUUCGCGCCGACCCUGCCCGUACCGGAAAAGCAGGUUUUGGAGCUGGGCGGCGGGCGCACGGACGGCGAGCCCGCUGCCGUAACCGGCCGCACCGGCACCCGAUCUCAGCCGCAGGCGGAUGUGGAGCACCUCAAUCCGGCGGCCCAAAAAAUCUAUCCCACCUUCUUCCGCAACAUCCCACCGUUGGGGCACUCGCGGCCCUACUACCAGUCGACGGAGGCGGCGAUCGAGCAGCGGUUCAACAAGCUGCGGAGUGGCGGUGUGGCGGCCGCCCCCGUCCCCCUGCCGGAGGUGGUCGCAUCGCCCCUGCUCGGUUCGGGCGAUUUCGGCAUCAUCAAGGGUGGCACCUUCUACUACGACACGGACGUGCCGGGCAAGGGGUUCGUGGACGAGUACUACGGGCUCGGGUACAGCGGCAACAAUGGGCACGGUCGGCCCCAGCUCGCCUACCUGGUGCAGAAGCCCCAGAAGGAGGAACAGUUCUCCAACUUUCGCGACUUUGCGGACAUCAACAUCUCGAACGAUCCGGCGUACUCGCACCAUGCCCCCUUGUACAUGGGCAUGGACGGGCGUGGGAAGCUCGCAAUACCACCGCCGCCGCCAUCGUCGGUGGCACCUGCCACAGUACCUGAAACCAGCACGGCCGAUCCGGCGGUGAAGCGCGAACCGGAUAACAUACUGGACGAGCUGCGGUCGCUCGAUGCGGCAUCGGAUUCGAAGGGCCGGCUGCGAAGCAAGGCGAAAAAGGAAACGCUGCUCGAGCGGAAAAAGCGACCAAAGUACGGCAAGAGCGUCAAGAGUGCCGCGGAGCCGCCGGAGGGUGAAGAUUACAUGGUAGCGGCGAGCUAAGCCAGUGGACCCCGAGGGGGAACCUAAUCAGACUUGAGCGACAACAACGACAAAAAAACGACUUAAUUGUACAUUAAGGUUGGGGCUAGCGAAUGUGUGACACGCUGUUUGUGCAUUGGUAGCCACCGUUUAGUUCGUUAGUAAUUUUCUUCCCUCCCCUCUCACUAGCGUUCCAACCUUUCAGCUCGUUCCAAUCACCACUCAUUCUCAUUACACGAACGGCCACAUGGAACGGAACUAGAUGAUUUGCACGUUACCAUCAAGCUCAUAUUCAUUAUCAUCAUCAUUACUCAUCGCUCAUCUGGGACGGAGAAAAAACGGCCACAUGCUCACCCCGUAGUCGACCAACUCUGUACUCCUGGAAAUUCGUCGUACUAGCGUAGAUACCAGUAGAAUAAUUUUCUCAACGUCGCACGCUUCCGUUCGGGUGCAGUACAGGCUUAUCGACACCGGCAUCAACACCUUCCUAUCCCUCUCUCGGGACUCUAAGUAAUCCCCCGGGGGUGUGUUUGUAUAUGUGUGUCACCCUCUACCUACGCGGAGGCUACUACACGGCUAAUGACAACCGAUUAAAUAGGUUCUGACGGGAGGGCGCGUUGGUCGAUAACGAUUUCUGUACUUGCCACCUAUCUGGAUGUGAUCGCAUCGUACGUUGCAGUGGGAAGAUCAAAAUUGUGUGCUCCUUACAUGACAUAGUUGAAUAAAAACAAAGUUUUACCUUUAAAAAGACCAACACAGCCAGCUGUGCAUUGUAAACAUGCGUGUUUAUUUAUGCUCCGCCGAGACUUCCCGAAGUCUUUAUCUGGGAUGUUACGUCUAUAUC